ACCCACUGAUGGAUGGAUCUCUGACGUGGGGACCAAAUCAUCGCAUCCAGCGGUCCACAAAGGAGGGGAUCAGCUCUGCGCGGCACCCAUCAGACAUGAAUUAAGGCAAACAUGAAGACUUUAGCCCGUCUGGCAGGAAGAUGCUUCGGACACACUCUGUGGUUUCCGCCAUUGACGACGCAGCAGUGACCCGUCAGACGCCACAGGCAUCUCUCCUCGGGUCCACAGCUGGAGCAGCGUGUCAGCGCAGAGGAAAUGCCGUCUCACCUCAGUGAUCCUCAGUCUCCUGCCGGAUUUGACACUCCGCAACCCCUGUCUGGUGUUUCCUGUGACACUCACUGAAUUCCUCUCAUGACUUUAUGCCCUUCGGGGUUGAAAAGGAGGGAAGAGAAGAGCGCAACGAAAGCAGGAUGCAAAAUCUCCGUUUUGGUGUUGAUGCAGCCUUUUAGCGUGUCGGUAAUCACAUACGACUAUAAAAGCGGAGGAUCACCGUGAAAAUCCGAUGGAUUGGCAAUGGCAGCACCUUUACUGAGUUGACAUAAUGGAUAGAAGAUAGAAAAAAAGAAGAUGGUCAUCACUGACAGGAGCAACAGCACCCCUGUGUGUAAAAACGAGCCCGAAAAGAAGAGGAGGAAGUCGCGUCCUCAUGGCCUCCCCUCCCCGGCGCUCUGCUGCGCCUGUGGACUAUGCAUCAUGCUGGCAGGACUCAACAUCACCCUGGUGGGAGCGUUUGCCUUCAGCACCCUGGUGCCUUCUGCCAACCCCCCAAUCAUAAUCGGACCUGUCCUGCUGGUGGUGGCCUUCUCCUUCUUCGGGGCCUGCUGCGUGUGCAGCCGCCUCCCUCCUCCGAGCAGCUCCCGAGGCUCUAAGGCGGGCGGCAGGGGGACGGGGUUGAUGGGACAGGGCGGGCUGGCCGGUGGCGCGACGUUUGAAAUAGAGACCAGCGAGCACACGCUGCAGGACACCACAGCCGUGCAGCUGAGCCCCACGUCGUCCCCCGGAUCAUCCCGAGCCUCCAGCCCGGCAGGGGAGCCCCAGGGACCCUGCAAGCUCUUCACCAUGGAGACCAACGGCCCGUCCUGCGCUUCGGCCACGGCGGCGUACUCGGCGUCUGCAGCAGCGGGCGGGGAGGUGAGGCUCAACCUGCCACGAGAAGAAGUGGACACCUAGCAGAGACUCCUCCCAAGAGCCAGACCGCCAGUUUUGUGAACACAAUGCUGGGUCCUCCUGUUUACCUAGUGCCAUAUAAAGUUGUGAAGAGUGCGGUCAUAAUUUCCCCCCUGCUGUGCGACAGGUUAUUAGCAUGCAAUGUUGAACACACACUAGCGCAUCUGUGGACUUAAGCUUUUGGAAUCAGAAUUCCUACCUCUCUCGUGCUGUUCCUUUUACCCAGUUUGUCUAAAAUCCAGGGCAUUACCAACAGUUUCAACGCAGUAAACGAAGCGGAGGACAUUUUUCUUUUUCUCCGCACCUUCGGUAACCGCUGACCUCGUGCGCCAGCAGAGAUUCUCAGAGGGCUCGGGAGAAAACGCUGAUUACAUAUUUAUUCUGAAAAGAUUACACGCCAAAAAGGUCGGCCACUGAUCUUGACACGGGGAACG